AUGGACAGGUGAGAGGCCUCACCCCGCCCCGCCCUGAGCGGCCCGCGGGCGCCUCCCGUGGAAGGGACGGGCCGGACGCUCUUCCCGGGGAGUCCGCACUGCGCACGCGCGCCGCCGCUCGGCCGGCGAGCUCCCUGCCCCGCCCUCUCCUGCGAGCGCACGCGCACUCCGCUCCGCGGCCCGCCGAGGACCCGCCCUCCCCGUCGGCGUCGACGUCCCGUCAGACGGACAGGUCGCAAGCCGAGAGGCGGCCAAUCCGAAGGCGCUCCGCGGUUCGGCCCGCCCGUUCAUUGGUCGACGUCGGGUCCCGGCCCGCCUCGGCUGGCGUCGCUCCCUCCGCAGCGCGUGAGGCGGCGCGCGGCUCCGUCUGCUGCCCGUUGGCCCUCGCGAGCUGGAGACCGGCCCGCGCCCGGUGAGUGGGCCGCGGAGGGGCGGAGGGGGCGGGGUCGCCGCCGUCAGGCCCGGGGGGGGGGGCCCGCCCCACUCCGCCCCUCCCGGUUGCCGAGGCCCCGCCCCGCCCCGGCCUGGCCCCGCCCCUCCGGCUCCCGAGCGGCGCCUCAUUUCCCUCCCGCCCCCUCCGGUGCAGGUCGCGCCUCUCGGUUCCCGGCGAUGUCCGAAGGCGAAGCCAAGCAGGCAGGACCCAACAGCGGAGGAGCAGGAGGCGGCGGCGGCUCCGACCCGAAGGCCGAGGCGGCGGGGCCCGGGAUGACCUCGCUGUCCCCUCCGCUGGCGGCCUCGGCGGCGGCGGCGCAGGAGGAGGAGGAGGAGGAGGAGAGCGAGGACGAGUCGGAGAUCCUGGAGGAGUCGCCGUGCGGGAGGUGGCAGAAGCGCCGCGAGGAGGUGAGAGCGGCGCGGAUCUUCUCCCCGGGAGCGGGGAGGGCCCCGGAAAGGCCCGGGAGGAAGAAGCGGCCCCUGGGCAGCCCACCGAGGCUGCUGCGGUGGCCCCGUCGGCUUCAGGGCGCCGCAGAAACGGGAAGCCGGGAGGCCCAGCCGUCGGGCCUGCCAGGGCUGCUGUCCAGUUGGGCUCCCGGAAGCGUCAAGGACAGGGAUCUUUCCCGGCCUCCGUGGAGAUGCGGGAGCUGAGCUUGAGAGCUGCUCCUUGCCCAGCAUCACGUUGCUGCUCAGCCGCGGCUUUUCCCUGGGUGCUGCUGUUGGACAGUGCAGUGGACCCUUCCCUCUUUGGGAGAGAGAGAGGCGGUGGACUCGCCUUCCUGGGAGGUUUUUAAGCAGAGCUCGGAUGGCCACCUGUCAGGGGUGUUUUAGUUGAGAUUCCUGCGUUGUAGGGGGUUGGACUAGAUGACCCUCAGGGUCCCUUCCAACUCCACAAUUCUAUGGGCCUCCUUGCUUCCCAAGUUUUCAGUAGUUGUGGACUUGCAGGGGUGCAGAGCAGUUUCUUGCAAGGUAGGACUCUGCUCUUUGAUUCUCUAAGUCAGGCAUCUGUGUUUGUAGCACAAAGAAAGGAUGAUAUUAUUGUUGAUUUAUAUAACAUUUAAUGCCUGGAUGGCUUCUGAGUGAUUUAUGAAAUUUACUGUUGAACAUAGAGAGGAUCUAGGUGUCUUAACUGAUCGUCAUCAAAGGAACUGGAACAAACCAACGGCUCAUCCAGUCCAGCAUCCUGUCCCCCCAAGGGCCAACCAGAUGCCCCAGUGGGAAGCCCACAAGCAGGACCUGAGGGGCGGAGGUAGAAUGUAGUUGGUGACUAGUGGAAAGAGCUGCAUCAGAAGCCUGCUCUGUUGCUCUGGAGGGCAGGACAAGAAGCAAUGCAUGGGAAUUGCAGGAGGGAAACAGAUUUCAGUUCAACAUUAGUAGAAAAGUUCCCAAGUGGAGGAGCUGCUUGGCAGUGGAACAGAGGUGCCGGGGGGGGGGGGGGCUGGAGGCAUCUGGACCACCAUCCAUCAGGGAUGCAGUGAGCAGGGGGUGGCGCAAGAUGGCCUUCAGGGUCCAUUCCAACUCUGAUUAUAUUGGUUGAUUUGUAAGAAUAUUUAUAAACCAGUUCAUAAUCAUAUCAUAGCAGUGUAGGAUGAAAUAAUUAAAACACCAUAAAAAUUAUAACUACCAAAUCAAUACUUUCAGCAAGCGACAAAAUAUUGGAAUUUUAUAAGAGUAUUUUGUCAAAUGUUCCUUGCCUGCUUCAUGUUUGUGCUGCUUCUUGGGGAGGGCGUGUCAGGCUGUUUGCAGACGAAGGGUCUCUAGAGAUGAGUGUCUUCUAUUUCAGCCUCUGUUCUCUAUUGAUGCAUCAUCCUUUAUUUUAUACCCAGUUCAGCAUUCUCCUGCUUUCUUUCAAGGUGGCUGUGGGCUUUCCCCCCAGGUGGGAUAUAACUACAGUAGAGAUGGGCAUCUGACACGACAAGUAAAUCUUACGUAAGAUUAUGAAUGUAAGCGCAUAAGGAAGCAUUCAGUAUUUGGUAUUAGAAACUGAAUUCUGAUCUCAGCAUUAUGUGCAGAUCUAGAUCAGAGUUGCUUAUGAAUAAAAGAGUUCAAUAAAAAUUAGCAGCUGCAGAUCUGGCCAGCUGAAACUCAAGUUAGAGCUUAAAAUAAACAGAAUUUCAAGGUCUGGGCCAAUCCAAGUUUUCACCUGGCGCCAAAGCGAGAAUAAAGACUACCGCAGACAAUCCUUUCUGGGGAAAAGAAUUCCGAGAGAAGUGGUGGCUCUGAGGCUCAGCUUACUGGUCAGGCAGGUUUAUGUAGGAAAGAUUAGGGGCUACAACUCCCCUUAGCACCAGCCAGCCAGGUUAGGGGACGGGGAGUUGCUCUCCAGGUACUGUGGAACUCUCACCUCCUGCCAUCCAUCCCACAACACCUGGAAGGCCACGGGUUCCCCAGCCCUGCUGUAGGUGUCAUGGUUCAAAACUGUUUAGAACAUUUAUAAGCUAAAAGCAACACCUUCAAAUGUGCUCAGAUUAGACCCAGGAUUUGUACGCAUGUAGCUCCUGGUGAUAUUCUCCAUCCAUCAUCCCGUUUAACAAUUCUGAUGCUAUAUUCUGCAGUCCCUCAACUUCCUGAGCAAUGUUCUAAGACAGCCUUGUACACAGCUGUGGUCUAAACCACUGAGCCUCUUGGGGUUGGAAUCCGUGCGACAGGGUGAGCUCCUGUCUCUUUGUCCCAGCUCCUGCCAACCUAGUGGUUCAAAGGCACACCAUGCAAGUAAAUAAAUAAAUAGGUGCGGCUGUAGUGGGAAGGUAAACGGCGUUUCUGUGUGCUCUGGUUUCCAUCACGGUGUCCCAUUGCACCAGAAGCGGUUUGGUCCUGCUGGCCACAAGACCCGGAAAGCUGUCUGUGGACAAAGGCCAGCUCCCUCGGCCUGAAAGCAGAGACGAGUGCCGCACUCCAUGGUCGCCUUUGGCUAGACUUAACCGUCCAGGGGUCCUUUAUCUUUACCUUACACAAAGCUCUUUUCUCUCUUCCCCUGAAGCUGGGUAUGGCCAGGUGGUGCUCAGUGUGUGUGCAUUUAAUUCCAGCCACCCACCCAGUACUUCUCUCUUCAAGGAACAUGGCACUGUUGUCUUGAGGGACUUUAUCCUAUUUCCAUAGGUUGCCUGUAUGAGCUGUCCUUUCCCUAACCAGAGCAAUGCUGGAACAUUCCGGAAACUCCUGUUUGGGUGAUGGCUUUAGUAGGCAUUGGUAGAAAUGGCACCAGCUGCAUCUAGAAGCUUUGGGAGCCCUGACAUGUGGGUGCAAAGGUGCUUUGCAGUUUCAGGAUGUGGUUCCACACUCAGCUUCCAUGCCCUUUCAGGAAUUGAAAGGCUUGAAAGCUACGGCUGCCUCCUGCUUCCUUGGCUCAUGUUCCAGGAAAGGGUCCUCUCCCCAGGCACCUGGGUGCCAGAAGAUGUUCCUUGCUUGGAAGGGACUUGUUGCUCACCCACAGGCUGAAUGGGGGGGGGGGGCUUGGGAGGAGGUUGAGCACAUAGUUCACCUUUUUGUGCCGGCUGGCUGAGGCUGAGAGUGGCAGGAUGGUGACUGGUUUGACCAGCCAAGGCUGACUGACUGCUGGUCUUGGGGGCAGCUGACAUGCCUGCUUUGCACAGGGCAUUCCUGGGGCUAUCCUGGCUCUCUUGUGGUCUGGAGCCUUUGAUGGAAAAGGCUCCCCUCCCCGGGAGCAGUUCAAAAUGGCCAUGCCUUUUACGCUAAAAUGUGACCAGGGGCAUCUCCAGAAAGACUGGUCAUCGCUAGCCUGGCCUGACUCCUCUUUGGCCUCUGUCAGAGUUGGUCCCGAAGCUGGAAGCGAAGAGCAGGGCGAGCAGUUUGAGAGGCUGAGACCAACACAGGAGGCCUUGUUUGGCUUUCAAGCGGCUGUGCCUCUGGGUGGGGGCCUGACUUUGAGAUUGGCCUUGGGUGGGGGAAGUGUGUGUGUCAGGAGAAGAGGCACCUUGGAGGGAGAACAAGGUGGAAAGGAAUUCUGGGCAGACUCUCCUGGAAGCUUUGUCUGAUGAGCCUUUUUGGGGUGCAAAGCGGCCUGGGAGCUCCUCCCCUCCCUUUCCCCAAAUAGAUUUGCCUGCCAGCAGCCCUGAGUCUGGGGGCCUUUUUUGCUUGGCUGCAGUUUGGCCCUCCCUCUUCUUGCAGCUGUUCUCAUUCAUUGUUCCUUUGCCCCUCCCUCCUUGGCUGGGCUGGGGGGGUCGAUGUUGCUAGACAUCUCCGGGCAGAUGGUAAGGCCCUUUCGUAUUCUGUGUCAACUCACUUUGGCUGACUCACUGUGGCUUGACCUGGUGAGGACUCCAGGAAGUGGCUGUGCCCCAGAAGAGGGCUGGGCCCUGGGGAGGAAUGUGGCCCUGAUGCAAGGCAGGCUGCUGCGUCAUUUCUGUUGCAAGCUGGGGCAGGGAGGAAGCCAGGCUGGCUGGCUGGCUGGGCAGGGGCAAGGGAGCCAGGCCUGAAAAGGAGGCAACAUGGGCCUCCUGAAUGGUAGGACCAGAGGAAAGAUUCCUGCCCUCUUCUGCAACAUCAGGAAGGAGGUGUCUCUCCUGCCACUGCGUCACUCUGGUGAUGGAUGGGGAAAGCCCACCCAGGGAAACGGUCUCUGCGCAAGGCUCCAGGCUGCGGAGGCAGCAAGAGGGGCAGGCGCCUUUCUGCACACUGGCUAUAGAAGGAGGAGUAUUAGGCAAACCACCAGCCAGGCCCAGCUUGUUCCAGGUGUGGGUCCAGCCAAGCCUUGGGGUGCCCCCCACCCCCUGGCAGCCAGAGGCAGUUCUGCCUUCUGCAGAGGAGGGGGGCAAGAGGAGGAGGAAUCCUGGCCCAUUCUCGCUCCCUUGCCUCUCCUUGCUUGGGGAAGGGACCAGCAUGGUGGCCUGGGGCCUCUUGCUCCUGGCAUUGCUGCUUUUGCUGGUUUCUCCCAUGCCACAGGGCCAGGGGAGAAGGCAGGCAGGCUCAUCAGAAGUGGCAGGGGGCAGGCCCAGCAGAGGGAAGCCCACCUUUCAAGGGAUCUAUGGGCAUGACCUUUCAGCCGAACAUCUGUCCUAGUAUAGCUGGGGGAAAUUCUUGCAGUGUGAAUUGUUCAGGCCAGAAGAACAAGAGGAAUGACUUCCACAAAGUCUUGCCUUCCAGUCUUCUUGAUUUGUUUCUCUUCAGAUGUGUAGAUCAACCUUUUUUGGCUGGAGGGCCAUAUUGGCCCAACCCUCUGGGGGAACAAGUGCCCACAAACUUUUUGUUAUCGUAGUAUCGUAACUUGGUAGUUUUUUUUUUAAGUGUUGCAGGGAGACGAAACCUCAGGCAUCAUGCCAUCACAACUGGGGACCCAUGGGAGGGGGUUGUUAUCAGAGUUAUGGGUAAUUGAGGCAUUGCAGGCUUUGUGGUCCCCAAGGAUCUGCGUUGGGCUCAGUACUGUUUAAAAUUAUUCUGAAUUUUCCAGGUUUUUGCCAUUAUUUUAUCAUCAGCAUCGGCAUCAAUUCAACUUACAUCCCACUCUUUCUCUCAAAGGUGCCCAGGGUGACAAACACAUCAAUAGCAAUAUCAUUUAAUUUAAUUUAAUUUAAAACAAUUAAAAGCAUUCCCCCCCCCAACAGGGAUUUCAGGAACAGCAUUUCAGCCAUCAAAUGCUUGGGGAAGCAGGAAUGUUUUUAAUUUCCUCCAGAGAGUCGGUGAUGAGGGAGGCAGUCUCCAUAAAUGACCCAUAAUUGCUCAUGGUGGUGAAAUUCCAAGCAUAUUGUGAAGAGUACCAAAAGUCUUUUCCUGUACCCUGGUGUCGGAACAUAAAUCUUUGAUAUGGAAUAGGAUGUCAGGGAAGCUUUUACUAGCCAGAGUGGCUAGGACAACCCAGUCAGAUGAGUGGCAUAUAAAUAAUUAAAUUAAAUUAAAUAAAGUAAUAAAAAUAAAAUAAAAGAACAACCCCCUCCUAUGCAAGCAGGGCCUGAGCACAAGACCCAUCUCUCCUGUCAGAAAGCUCCUCCUGGUGUUUAGUUGGCAUCUCCUUUCUUGAAACUUGACUCCACUGGUUCAAGUCCUUCCCUCCAGAGCAGGAGAAAAGAAGCUCCUUCCCUCUUCCAUGUGGCAGCCCUUCAGAUAGUUGAAUAUGGCUUUCGUCUCUCCUCUCAGUCUCCUCUUUUCCAAGGUAAACAUACCCAGUUCCCUCAACCAUUCCUCAGAAGGCUUUGUUUCCAGACCCUUGAUUAUCUUGGUUUGGAUAUUUAGUCAACCAUGGUUUUCGUUGAAUCAUAGAACUGUAGCGUUGGAAGGGAUCCCAAGGGUCGUCUAGUCCAACCCCUUGCAAUGCAGGAACCCCCUUUAGCAUUAUGCCAUUCACUUUCUUAUUUUCCAGAGUCCUUACUCCUUUCUAUUCUGCUUUGGGCAAGAUUUCUGUUCUCUGAAUGAAGGCACCCUCUGCCAUUAAAUCUCUCUGCUGGACUGGGGGGGGGGCAUUUCCUAAUCAGUGGUCUACAUUCUAGCUGAGCUUCUGUCAUCAUGGUGUUAAAUAGCCACUGAGCACCUUGGGGAAACUUCAUCGUCUCAGUUCUUAAUUGACCCCCACAUUUUUAGGUUUCCCCCUUUAAAACUGUCUUGUGCUGACUUGGCAACCUUCUAGUCAUGUCUUGAAAUUGAUAAAUGUCCAUGAGAUCGAGAUUUUCCCCCAGAUCCUGGGUAUCACUCAGGAUAAAGCCGAGGCUUCCACCCCCCUCCAGUGGAUUCCAGGACUGACUUUCUCAGCCACCGUCAUUUAGGGCACGAGAGCUUUUUGACUCUUGGUGACAUGAAUCUCUGCUGUGAUUUUCAGAGCAGCAAGACUGACUUGCCAGGAAGAGGUCUUGGAGCAAAUCUUUCUGGGCUGCUCCUGUCCUCAGGAGUUUCCUGACUCAGGCGUGGGGGUCUCUGCAGGCACCAGCACCUCGUCUCCACAGCUCCCUGAAUCACUGCUUUUAUUUUUGCCCCUCUUCAUGCAGGUGAAUCAGCGCAAUGUUCCUGGGAUUGACAGUGCUUACCUGGCAAUGGACACAGAAGAAGGGGUGGAAGUGGUUUGGAAUGAGGUCCAGUUCUCGGAGCGCAAGAAUUUUAAGCUUCAGGAGGUUGGUGAGCCUGGGAUGGGAAGGAUGGGGAGUAGGUGGGCAUCAUGCUCAGGAUCCUGGGAGGUAGUGGCAUAAAUCCCAGCAGUGCAGAACCCUGUGGGAAGACUGGCUAGCCUCCCGGGGGGGGGGGCUGGCUGCUGCCUGGCCAGCCCUUGGGGGUUCUCUCCCAGCGCUGCAUCCGUCUCUCCACGGCUGUGAGGCUGGGGUAAGCCAAAGGCUCUCCUCUUCCUGGGGUCUGGCAUUCCUCUGCUUUGUCCCUGCAGGAGAAGGUCAAAGCUGUCUUUGACAACCUGAUCCAGCUAGAACACCUGAACAUUGUGAAGUUCCACAAGUACUGGGCAGAUGUGAAGGAGAACAAGGCCAGGGUAAGUGGGGUGCCCCCCCCAACGUCUUCCUGAUGGGCUUGUGGAGAAGCAGCAGCAGUUGGUGACUUCCUUCUCCUUUCCAGGUGAUCUUCAUCACUGAGUACAUGUCCUCUGGCAGCCUGAAGCAGUUUCUGAAGAAGACGAAGAAGAACCACAAGACCAUGAAUGAAAAGGUGACCCUCACUUCUUUCUCCUCCCUCCUCCCUCUGCUCCUGGGUCCCAGGCCUCCUGCUGGGGCCGUCCUGCCUUUGAGCACAGAGAAGCAGCUUCCUUUGGCCAACCCAGAGCCCCAGAAGGACAGGAGGCUGGGGAGGAACCAGGAAGUGUCUGGCCUCUUCCUUCUGAGUGGCAUGGAAGGAAGCAAGGAAAUAAGGAAAGUAUUUGCCUGUUGCAGUCAAGCUACCUGUUGUGGGUGUUGCUUAGAGCCUCUUCCUUUUAUCUGUCUUUAGGCCUGGAAGCGCUGGUGCACCCAGAUCCUGUCUGCUCUCAGGUACGUGCUUUGAUUCCCUCAAAGGCUUUGGGAGCCUGGCUGCUCAUGCCCCCUUUGGUUCUUCCGAGGCCAGGGUGGAGAGCGGUUGCUUCUGGCUCCCUCUAGCAGUUGUGGCAGGACUUGGCUUGCCGCUUUGCCAGCCUGCCUGCCUGCCUGCCUCCCCUCCUUCUCAAGCUGACUGAAGGUAAGAGAGUGAUGGCUGUUGCUCUCUUGGGGAGUCCCUGGCAGCCUCAGGCACAAGGCCUUGGUUUUGCCCCUGUGAAAGUGGCCUUUUGUUGGGGCGGUGAGUGCUGGUGCCAGCCUCUUGGGCCCACCAUUCCUUGUGUUGCCAUUCCAGUUACCUUCACUCCUGCGAUCCUCCCAUCAUUCACGGAAACUUGACUUGUGACACCAUCUUCAUCCAGCACAAUGGGCUGAUCAAGAUCGGGUCAGGUAAGCCUCUCCUCCGGAGCCGCAAGCCAGUGAUGUAAAGAGUCACUGGAAAGGGAAGGAGCUCCCCAGAAGGCCCAGGGGCUUGGUGGGCUCCUGCUGCCCUGCUCACCUGGGAUUCUGAGCCUCAGCUGGUGCCUCUCUCUGUAGCCUUCAUUGCUGACUUCUGGAAACCUCCUGGAGAACUCUGCCACCUGGAUAUGUGUGGCCCUGAGCAGCUACUGCUGCCGCUGCUGCCACCACCUUCUCAGGCUUCCCAGCCCCCAGCUUCCUCCCACCCCACGCUCUGUGCCUGGACAGGCUGCCCAGACCAUGGGUGCCUGCGUCACUCCAGGGCAUGGGGCAGGAAACUGCUUCCAGGUGGCCUUUGGUCCCUUGGGGAGAAACCCUCCUUCCUCUUUUUGCUGCUUCCCUGCCAGCCGGGCGCUUGGACAGGCAGCCAGCCGGGACUUUGAGGAAAGGGAAGGGCAGCUGGAGUGCUUUGCCGAGCUGCCUUUUGGAGAUCCCCAGCCCCCAAGAGCUCUGAGGAGGAAAUGGGAGAGUUCCCCUUGGGCUUUUUCUGGGGCUCUCCCACUUCUGGGAAAUUUCUGGAUUCUCUUGAGAGCUCCUGGGACAGACUAGCCAGAACCCUCUUCUUGCCAAGGGCAGUUAGGUUGACUUUCCUGGCAGAAGACAAGGGCUGGGACUUGGCUGGCGACUGCAGUUUCCUGGGCACUAGGAGAGACCUGUGGCGGUUAAAUUGGUAGGAAACUCAUCACAGUGUAGAGCUGCCAAGGGGUGCAAGUGUUGGGGGGCAGUGUGUGUGUGUGUGUGUGGUGCAUGGCAAUGGACUGCUGGCCUCUGUGGUUUCAAGUCCUAAAACUCCUUUGAGAACAAAGCCCUUCUAAGGUGCCUGCAGUUCAGGGGCAGCCAAAAUGUCACCCGGCUGAGUGCAGAGGCCUUGUCUGGUAAACUGCCUCUGAGGGUGGAGAUUCUCUUCUGGACUUCGAAGGGCCUGUCCCACCACCACCACCCUGUGACUGCCUUUUCCUGCCCCCCCCAAAAAAAAGGAGUUCAGGGUGGCUGGGUUUUUUUCCAAUGGAGUUUUGCAUCACCCUUUUCUGUAAACGGCCCUGGGAAUUUUUGCUGAAGGGCAGCAUAGACCUUUCUAAAAUAAACAAAGGUGGCCUCCCUGGUUUCCCUGCAAGGGUUCCGCCUAGACUCAUGUCCCUCCCCUUGUCACAGUGAGUUCCAUAUGUUGUGAGGCAGGGAAGGGCCCAGAGACCUGCCUCCAGUGAUGCUUUUGCCAAGGCUGAGGAAGACCAGCCCUCCUGGUGGAACAAAGACUCUUCUGACGCAAACUGCAAGAUUGACCGACCUGCUUGCUCUGUGCUUGGGAUGCCUUUGGCUGAGUGGUGGGCAGAGAGUUUUGUGGGGAUGCCAAGGUGCCAAGGGAUGCCCAGUCUUCCCUGCUGCUGGAUCUUUUACUGCUGCUGCUGCUGCGCCUGCAGGGCCAUCGCUUGGAGCCACUCGUCUCAGGAUUCUGCCCCAGCGUAGAACAGACUUCAGAACCUUCUGGAGUCUUGGCCAAGUUUGAGCAGAGCCCCCCCCUUCAAGAAAAUAAUGUGUGUUCAAGUUUUCAAGAAUUGCAAAGACCACCACAGGGCAAAGAGCUCACAAUAGUACCAUCCUCUUUUUUGCUUUGUACAAGUUUGGGUCUACGAUAUUUCAUCCAGACAAGACCACCCGUAAGGAGCUAUGGGCCAGUGACAUCUUCUGGCCAUCUCUAGUGGAAGAAACCCUCACUGCUUCCAAGAGAAGAGCCUUUCCUGGCAUGCUUUGUGGGUGAAAGAGAGCAUGGAUGAGGCCCCUGAGCUGCUUGGACAGGGAACUCACGCAGGCUGGAAGAGCCACCCUUGGGAUUGGGGAACUCCAGGGCAGUGGCGGCUGGCAACCUUGCACAAUGCUCAGAACCCCCCCCCCCGGGCACAAGAGAGGGGGCUCUGCAGUUGGGCUAAGAUGCAGGAGAACCAGGCCGCCACCUGCCCUGUGGCUCCGGAUCAUGGCAAAGCUUCCAGCCUGCCUCCACACAGGGACCAAUGCCGCUUCUGCUUGACAUCUCUGGCGGAGCUCGUCUCACUGGUGUUCCUGCAGCAGCUGAGUCAAGGGGGUGAAGCACCUGCUCUUUCAAACUCUCUUGCUCCCCGGGACAUGGCAAGGGGCAGCAGGGCUGUGAUUUAGGAAAGCUCCACGGCACCAUUUGCGCCUGUCAGCAGCGCCUUUGGGUGGAUGGGUGCAGGGGCUGGAGCCCUCCUCUGCCGUUGUCUGUCGGGAUCUUAGUAGCUGGUGUGGGAGGCCAGCAAAUGCCCUUGGCUCUCCCCUCCGAGGCUCAUUUGAGAAGAGGGAAGAGAAGGAAGCGCGGCUGUGGUGUGACUGGCACCUGUUGUGUGGAUCUGGCCCAGAAGCAAACUCGGAGGCCUCCGCCUGCCCCAUCCUCUACUGGGGCAGGUCUUGCUUCAGUCCCCACGGAACUGGGUGGCUCCUUUGGGUCCCACCUGCACCUGGGCAUUGGCACGCUGGGCUGGGCACAGACGGCAGAGGGAGAGCUUCCCCCUCCUUCCACUCGCCACCUUUGGCUUCCUGGCUGCCACUUUCCCACAACCUCUUGAUGAGCCAUUUUUGUACUUAGUGGGGAAUUGAACGGGUGGUUGUCUUAUGGGUUUGGUCAGCUGAAGCUGGGGAGGAAAUCGGGAGGUGGGCCAGUACUUUGCCCCGCCAUCUUCCCUUCCCUUGGGCUGGGAAGAGCUUCAGGGCCUGCAGUGCUGCUUGGGAGGCUCUGCCUGGCUUUGCCACCUCCUGCCCUAAGUCUGGGAGCAAGUGGACGGAGGCUUGGUUGUGGUCGUGGUCCCAGCACCUGAACCCUGACCUUAGGAUCCCCCUCUGUCUGCCGCACGCACCUUCUUCAGAGACAUUUCUCUCUCCCUUCAUGCCUCCCCCCAAAAUCUGUUAAGAUUCCCACCCCCCAAAGCCAAAAAAACUUUGGAAAAACCCAGAGCUCUUUUCUGCCUCUUUCCCUGCCUGUUUUCUCUUCCCUCCAUCUCCACUCCCAGCCCCAUUGAUGAUUCAGGGGUGGGGGGAGCUUCUUGCAGCCCCAGUGGCUGGCAGUUUUGUCCAGGAGGUUCCCACUGCUCAGCCCCACCUGAGGCUGCCUGUGAGGUGUGCAGAGGAGGCCCUGAAGCUGGGGGGGGGGGGAGGUCAGGGGGGCUAGUGAAAAGAGGGGAGGCUGCUGGACUCCUGGACUGGAGAGGCCUCUGGGCUUGGCUUGGCUGGGGGUCACCAGGCACGCAUGGCCUCCCUUCCUCUGGCAGCUGUGGAAGAGGAGCUGCCUUGGGGAGAGGACUUCAGGCCUCUGUUUCCCCAUGACCCACUGGAAAUUGGGGGGGGGGGUGUGCUUGGAGCUGACCUGGGGGCAAGGGAGAUGGGAAGGCAGCGAGGAUCCUGUACUACUAAAUCGCAUGCCCUGUGGAGGGACUUCAAGAGAAGCCCUCCCCUUCCCCAGCAGCGCCUGGGCCCCUUCCUCACCCCACUCCCUUGGCAGGGAGUCUCUGGUCUGCUCCUGGGCCCAAGUGCUGGCUGAGCCAGAAGCAGCUCCUGGCCGUGCUGGCCUGGUCAGCGCCUUUUCCUGAUGCCCUGCUGGGGGUGGCCAGUGGGCAGCUUUGGGGGCAGCUUCUUGGGUUCUGGCAGGAGCAGGGAAGGGCCUUGCCCCAGGAGCCCCCCACCCUCCAUCGCCUUCCGCUGUGGCUGGGUAGGCAAGGACCGCCUCUCCCUGCCCGGUUGUGGUGGCCGUGGGCGCUGUGGCUGCUGAGGUGAAGGGCUGACCCCUCGGUACCCACCAUGUCUGGUUUUACUUCCUGCUUUUAUGGGCUGCCUCUUUCUCUCUCUCUCUCGCCAACAGUCUUUCAUAGGAUUUUUGCUAAUGGUGAGCAAAUCUCUCUGCUCUGUGAUGUGACUGUGACCUUUGGAGCAUCUAUCUAUAGAGAUAUAGAUAUGAGAGCAUCACUUUGUAUAUUGGCAUAUAUGACGCUCGUUUUCCUCCCGGCGAAGGCUGGCACCUGGGCUCUAUGGAGCUCCACCCCAGUCCUGCCACCUGUUGGGGCUCCUCGGGGGGGUGGGGGGGCUGCCUUUCUGCUGCAUGGCUGCCUCCUGCAUGUGUGCUGGGCUGCUUGUGCCUGUGGAGAAGCUGCUGCCGCCCUUGCAGCCUCCUCCUCCUCCACUCGUGGCCCGGGGGGGGGGUGGUGUCCUGCUUGCUGUCUGCUUGUGGCUUCGCUGCCUCCUCCUCCAGCUCCCUGCGGCCGGCUGUUUGGCAAUGGGUCGGACGUUUGUGGUGGAGCCUGACUCUUGGGAGCUGUGUGCCUGGUGUCGCCUGCGCAGGGGCCUGGAGGUGCUUGGGAGACCCUGGCGGAGCCGUGGAAGUGCGCAGGCCCUGCAGCUGCUCUGCUGCUGCCCCCUCUUCUGCGGGGAGCCUUUGGGGAGCUGCCUGCGCCUCCUGCCUUAGUGGUAGGGAGGUCUGCCUUGGGAAGGGCCGUCUCUUGCUUCCACUGCCAGCAAGGAGAAGACACAGGGCUGGCGGAGAAGGCCAAUGCCUGGCGCAAGAUGAGCUGUGCCCUGCAGGCGGAAGGUUCUGGCGGUGAGACGGGGGCCCUGGGGUGUCCUCCCCCCCCCCCCGGCAUGGCCAAGGACUGAAAGAGCCCUUCGCUUUGGGCAGGCAAGAAAUCCUUGGGCACCUUGGUCCAGGCGAGCUCAGUGGAGCGGAGCAGGUGGAAGCUGGACGAGAGCAGGGCCGAGAGGAGAGGUGGCGCUCGUGGCGCAGAGGCGGCAGGUAACGCGAGGAGGAGGAGGGCGGCCAGGGCGCUGGCACUGCUUGGGCUGCAUGCAGGUGGCAUGUCUUCUGUGGAAGGGAGCCUGGCCAGGAGCAGAGCUCAGCUUUUCUCAGGGCCCCAGUCUCUGGGGUGGGUGAGUUUGGGUGGUGUGCUCAGUGAGUCUCGGGCGUGGCUGUGUAUCUUGGCGAGGUUUUCAUGGGCUGGGGAUGAAAUUCCAGGGUCUGUCAAAGGCCUUGCCCUGCCCAGAGGCAGAAGGAAGUCUGCAAAACCAAGCCCGCUUGCUUCCUGGGCGUACCACUGGACAGUGCAUUUGAUUUGGACACUUGAAGCACUAAGUCUGGGAAAGACACAGCAGCUACACCGGAGGGACCUCUUUGGGGCUGGGGGCGCCUGCUAUGCAUUGCGCCCCCCCCCCCCCGUUCCUUCCCCAGAAGACACUUUCCGGAGGAGCCAAGGUGGUGGUAGGGGGCUGGGUCUUCAUCUGCCACAGAGAGAGAACACUUUCGGGAAAGGGAGCCAAGCUUAUUUGACUGCUUUAAGAAAGUGAAGUGCUUUGAGCUGGAUCCCAAAGACGGUGGGCAGCAGGAAGAGAGCUGCCAGCUGUGUUGGCAAAGGCUUGCCUGGGCAAAAGUGAGCCCAGCACUCCAGGAAGCUGAAGGCCCUGCCGUUCUCCGCAAGAGGAAGGACAGAAGCUGCCCUCUUCCGAGUCGAGAGCCGCGUGGCCUUGUCUCUCUUGCCUGAUGCCAGCAGCUCCGCCUUGCUUCGUUUGCCUGCCUGCCUGAGAGCCUCAACCGCAGGUGCUGCAACCUGAAUGCCAGACUUAGUUCCUGAAAAGCAUGUCCCCCCCCCCCCCAGCAGAAGGAAGCCUUUGAGCAAGUUUCCCAUUUUUGGCAUGAGGGAUAAAAACACCUUUCUGUGACUAGAAUACGCUUGCUGUGUACAGAAACUCUGCAGACAGAUGGGAUUAGCACAUACAAUUAUAUUUGGUGGCAUAUUUCUGAAAUUAAAAAUAUAGGUACCUUGCAUUUAUUCUGAUCAGGACAAGUGUGCCUGAGCUUUUUCUGGUUGAGAAACUGGGAGCGUCCAAACCAUGGGUAGGCAAACUAAGGCCCAGGGGCCGGAUCUAGCCCAAUAGCCUUCUAAAUCCAGCCCGCAGACAGUGCAGGAAUCAGCAUGUUUUUACAUGAGUAGAAUGUGUCCUUUUAUUUAAAAUGCAUCUCUGGGUUAUUUGUGGGGCAUAGGAAUUCGUUCAUUCCCCUCCUCCAAAUAUAGUCCAGCCCCACAAGGUCUGAGGGACAGUGGACCAGCCCCCUGCUGAAAAAGUUUGCAGACUCCUGGUCCAAACCCUUGUGUACAUGUCUGGCCCCCUGUGUAGAGGCUGGAAUUAAAACUAACCAGAAAGUCCAAACCCCUUACAGACACCACAGUUCUAACACCUGGUGGAAACCCAAGGAGGAGAGGCCAGGAUAUCGUUCCAUGGGUCAGAAGUGGAGUGGGAGAUUUGUGGGGGGACAGGGGAAGCAGCAGGACUGGGGAGUGGUUUUGUGGAGCUUUGGAGCGAAGUUUUAAGUAAAAGACAAUUAUAUAUAAAAAACCAUCAUGUGGGAGGCUGGGGCAGUGGCUGAGAGGGGAAGGUCCAUUCUGUCUGCUAGGGUGAAAAGCACCAUUUUAAGCUCAAGUCAGUCUUGAAAAUGGAAAGCAGAGAACAUGAAUCCUGCCUUCCUGGCAGUGAUCCAAGCGUAAAGAAAACGUUAAAGGGUGCCAGUCAGGAAGUGUUUGGCUUCAGUGUCUGGGAAAUGACCUUUAAAACCACAUCUGAAUUGCGGGGGGUGUGUGUGAGAGAGAGAGAGAGAAUUUGGGGCUCUUCUAGCAGGCGCCUCUGGCCAUUGAAACCACUAGGUUGGUAAUUUGAGUUGUGUUGAGGUGGUCCUAUGAUGGCUUACUGCUUCCAGAAGGGAGUCUGGGGCACUUUUGGAGGACGGGAGAGCUUUGCAGCAAAGGAGGUGGUGGCAGCAGCUAAUGGAGCUCCAGCUUGCCUGAACUGAGCAUUCCUGUCAUGAAGUCUUUCUCUGCCUUUCCAGGCCAAAACUGAGCUUCCUUCUCAUGUGCAGGCUACCAGGUCACAAGCUGGAUUUUAGGGGUGCUUUGCCGCAGGCCAUAGCUGGUAUAAUCUUCCCUUCUAAGGCAGCAGCAGUUGUGUUAGAAAGUGGCUGGUACUGCAUCUGGCUUUGGGGGCCAAGGAAGAGGAGGAGGAGGCGGCUUGGUGCGGCUUCUGCCCCAGCAUCUGUCUUCUGCUCAUCGCUGCUACCCUCAGGGUGGCCACCAAGUCCCGCCCUCUGUGUCGAUCCCUGCUUUGGGGCCUGGGUCUGUGGCACUCUUGGCUCCAGGGCCACUGCCCCCUCCCCUUGGCAUUUCUCAGGUGACUGGGCCAUUGGGAUCUUUGCUCUUGGGUGGUGCCUCUUGAGUGAAUGGAUGGGGCAGCAGUGGAGGGGAGGCAGCCCUCUUUGGUGGGGAGACAGAGGCUGGUGCAAACCUGAUCAAGUGGGAAUCCCCCUCUCCAUUGCUGGGCUUUCAGGAAAAGGCCUGAAGCCAGCCAGUGUGUGUGUGUGUGUGUGAGAGAGAGAGAGAGAGAGAGUGAGAGAGAGAGAGAGAGAGAGAGAGAGAGAGAGGUGAGGACUGUCUUGUCUGUACCCUUCCCUGUCAUUCAGGUGUCUGUGGGUGGGUCAGUGUGGGUGUCUGUGGAACACCAGCUGCUGCUACUGCUACUGCUCAGGAUCCCCCCCCUUACUCUGCAGCCCCUUGUGCCUGCCUUAGUGCUGGUCCAGCUGACGCUUCUCUGCAGUGGAGACCCAGGAGAAGCAGAAAGGACUUCCUCUGCCUUCUUCCUCCAGCAGUGCUGCCUUGCCCACGCCCCCUCCCCCCGGCUCCCAUUGGGCUCAUCUGCUUUCCCUGGUGGGGUUGCUUUGGCUGCUGGGGCUUGGAGCUCACCCAGGAAAGAUGGAAGAUCUGGAGCAGCAUGUGGACCUGCCUCCCCCCCUUUGCUUCUGAGCUGCGUCUGCCCUUGUCUUGCACUGGGACUGGACUGGGGUGGCAGCAGCUGUGCCUGAAUGCCCUCUGCCCGCCCCAUGAGAGCAAUUUGGGAGGGAGGAGGAGGCUCAGCCCCUGAUUCCUUGCUGUUUUCCCCCCUCUUCCAGUGGCCCCAGACACCAUCAACAACCAUGUGAAGACGUGUCGUGAGGAGCAGAAGAACCUGCACUUCUUUGCCCCGGAGUAUGGCGGUAAGAAAGGCAGGAGAGCAGCAGUUCGUUGUUUGGGGGGGGGGGGAGGGCUGAAGUGGCUCAUCAGGGUUGGUGUAAUUUUCCAUGUCUUGAGGCCCCCCCUCCAUGUUUGGUUUCUGUUCAGAGUUCGCACACCAGCUACACUGGGUGGCUUAGAUACCAGUCCAAGGCUAAAUGCCCGGAGCAUGACUCAUCCACCCUUCCUUUCUCUAAGGCAGUGCUUCUCAGCCAUGUUGUUGGACUACAGCUCCCAUCAUCCCUGACCACUGGUCCUGCUAACUAGGGACAAUGGGAGUUGUAGUUCAACAACAGCUGGAGACCCACGGUUGAGAAACGCUGCUCUAAGGAACGUGUAUGGGCAGAGGCGGCUGUAAAGCCGAGGUUGCGUUCAGCAGGGUUGCCAGGAGUGUGAGCUCUUCCCCAAGGAGAGCUUUUGCUCAGUGCGAGGUGUCGGUGGAGAAGCUGCAGGUUACAUGCUGUGUGGUUCAGCACAGCAAGGUGAGCUAGCAGGGUCAAGUGCUAGCGGAUUUCUCUUGUAUCUUCACAAGGUCUCCUUCUAAGACCAGAAGAAUGGUGUUCUAGUAGGUUAGCUCAUGUACCAGCCUCUCUUAAAGGUUCAUGUAGCUGAGGUGUUUAUGCUUGUCUUGUGCCAUGAGACAAUAAGCACUUUAAACUGAACUGAGUGGGAAAGGAGGUUUCUUAACUGGGAGCUCUGGGAAAGGCUGGCUACUGGAAAACAGGAAAACUCUUGAUACUCUGCUAGAAGACUCUCCUGGAUUCUGGAUCUGGGCAUACUCUGCUGUUUGCCCUGGUCAAAGUGGGGCGUAGUAGUAGCUACAAAUGGUGGGUCCAAGUCUUAACAGGUUAUGGGCCAAUAACAACUGGUACCCCCCCCCCAACUUCCCAAGCCCGAUGACUGAGUGGCUCUGAAUGGCCAUUGCCAGCCAGCCAGGGGGGUCCUGAUUCCUGGUUUUGUGUUCCAGAAGUUGCACAUGUGACGACCGCGGUGGAUAUCUACUCCUUCGGGAUGUGUGCGCUGGAGGUAAGGCAAGGAGAGCUGUGAAGAGGGAGGGUUGGGGGGCAUAGCUGCUCCCCCCCCCCAACCUCGAAUCUUUAUGGGAAGGGGCGGCUUGUUUGGCAUCCUGGUCUUAUCUCGACAGGGUUAGGAGUGCACAGUGCAUCUCCUUGUGUCGUGCAGGGGGUGUCAUUUGGUCUCUGUGAUUUCUGAAAACUCCAGGAACAGAGGAGAGAGAGACCCAUUUGGAAAGGAGGGAGCCAGUCCCCUUUCUCUCCCUCGUUGUGUGUGAUGGCGGCUGGUGGAGCCCUUUGGUUCCUCCGGGAUCGCAGCAUGCCAACUGUGGGGCUCAGCCCCCCACUGAGCUGUGCUUCUGCUGUCCCUGCAGAUGGCGGUGCUGGAGAUCCAGGGCAAUGGCGAAUCCUCUUAUGUGCCCCAGGAAGCGAUCAACAAUGCCAUCCAGUUGCUGGAGGAUCCCUUGCAGCGGGUGAGGCACCCCUCCCCUCCUCCCUCCCUCCCGGGACGGGCACAAGUCUCGGCCUUCACGUCUUCUCCUUCCUUUCCCUCCUUCCAGGAGUUCAUCCAAAAGUGCCUGGAGCUGCAGCCCAGCAAGAGACCCACGGCCCGCGAGCUCCUCUUCCACCAAGCCCUCUUUGAAGUGCCCUCUCUGAAGCUCCUGGCAGCCCACUGCAUUGUGGGCCAUCAGCGUGAGUGGAGGCUGGGGGGGGGGCUCAGGGAAGUGGCUGGGGAGGCCUAAUCCCUUCCUCUGGAGGCAGAGAGCGGAAACAGCCAAGGGCACUGAGCAGAGCAGCCCUUGCUGGGUCUGGCCUUGAACCUUUGGCCCUCUGUGCCUUCCCAGCUCCUGGCUAGAGUCCUCCUGGAGAGCUCUUUGGGGCAGGGUGGAAGGCUGCUGGGGUCUGGGGCUUUCUCAGCCCCGAGGGCCCUUUGAGCUGCUCUGACUGAUGGCCCUGGAUGGGUCCCCUCCUUCCAUGCUUCAGCCUGGCCCUCAGUUGGUGCUGUGAUUUACAUCUUGUGGUGCCGCAUUCUGCUUGGGGAGCGGUGGCGGCCCCUACCCCCCCCCCCCACACUCAGAAGGCAGGAAGUCCCUGGACCACUUUCUGGCAGAACCUGCAGUUUCAGAAAGGGGCUUGGGUUGCCACAGGGGAAAUAACUUCCCCUAGGAUCCAUUCGUCCCUCACCCCACUCUGGUUGCUUCUCUUCCUAGUGCUCCUCCUCCUCCUCAUUUUCCCUAAACUGAAAAGGCCCAAUUAUUUUCACAUUCCGUUUUUAGAGAAGGUUCCCAGUAUCUUGGUUGGCUUUUUCCACGCCCCUCUCCUGCCUUUAUGGACAGGUGCUAGGAUGUUGGCAAUACGAAAAUGCCUCAAAAUCCAGUUGCUCUUAUAACACACUAGGCAUGGCCUUUUUCUUCCUGCCAUCACUCACUGAGCGUGUUUUCCGCUGCAGCCCAAAGGCCUCUUCCAUUGGCCAGACCCCGUCUGUUCGGGUCCCAUGGGGCAUCUGGGAAGUGUGGAUGUUUCUGCCCCAGAGGCCACUUGCUUCAUUCUGACUUCCACUGCACUUCUUUCAACCAGUUUGGAGAGAUCUUUUGGGGGCUCUUUGCAAACCACUUGGGCUUCCUUUGUGCUGAAUAAUUUGCAAAUUUGGCCACUUUUGAUGGCUCAGAUCAUUUCUAGUCCAAGUCAAAGAAUUGACCCCCAUACCGACCCUUGGACAGCCCCUCUCCUGCCUUCCAUCAACUGCGAGAACCAUCUGUGCUUCCUGUCCUGUUAACCCGCCACCCGCCCUUCAUAGGAAGCAAGGAGUGUCCUUUGCCUUCCUUGCAGAGGGUGAGGGGAUGUUUGAAUUGUAGAUGGGGAAGGGACCCUGAGGGUCAUCUCACCCAACCCCCUGCAACAUUCCUGAAAGACUCCUUUGCCUCCUGACAGACAUGAUCCCAGAGAACGCCCUUGAAGAAAUGACCAAGAACUUGGACAUGAGUGCAGUGUUGGCAGAGAUCAACCAUGCCGACCGCGAGGGCGUCCGCAUGAUGUGAGGCUUCUCUGAGGGGCUGGGAAUGUGGGGAGGGGGAGGGCAAGCAGUGGGUGUCCCUCUGGCCCCUCCCCAAGGAGGCCAGGGAGGGGAGCAGGCAGCAAAGAUUUUGCAUUCAGCAUUGAGAUCCCCCUUUAUCUAACUCUGUGCUUUCCCCACCGCACAGCUUCUCCCAGUCCCCAGCCCUGGAGCUAGACAAGUUUCUGGAGGAUGUGAGGUGAGAAUUUUCUUCCACCACCUUCUUGUGUGCCAGGGAGCCUCUCCUGGGCUGACCCGCCUGGACCCUUGCCUCCUUCCCUUCUCUUCCACCAAGUGGAAGGCCUGCAACUUUGCUGCCCACCUGGGGAACAGAGCCUGACCCCUCUCCCCCUCUAGGAACGGCAUCUACCCCCUCACAGCCUUCGGCCUGCCCCGCCCUCAUCAGCCGCAGCAGGAGGUGGUGACGUCUCCCAUUGCGCCCCCAUCGGUCAAGACGCCCACGCCAGAGCCUGCGGAAGUGGAAACCCGCAAGGUGAGUUGCUGUCCUGCUCCACUCAGGUCCUGGAGCCUGGCCAGCAGGCACAGCCAGGGCCUCCCACCCCACUCACUGCCUCCCCUUGCCUCCCGCAGGUGGUCCUGAUGCAAUGCAACAUCGAGUCAGUCGAGGAAGGGGUGAAGCACCAUGUAUGUACCAACCUGGGCUGGGGGGGUGUCUCUUCCACCAUGCUGCCCUAUUUGAAGGGGCUUGGGUUGGCUGCGUGCCAGAGCCCAGGGGCCAGGAACUGACUUUGGCUUCUCUCUGCCCAGUUGACACUGCUGCUGAGGCUGGAAGACAAGCUGAACCGACACCUGAGCUGUGACCUGCUGCCCAGUAAGUCCCGCCCUCCCUCCCCCCUGGCUGGGCAUUGCUGGGCAAGGGAAGCCCUCCUCCUCCUCCUGACUUUUGGCUGCCUCUUCUUCUCCCCCUCUCCCAGGUGACAAUAUCCAGGAGCUGGCGGCCGAACUGGUCCAGCUGGGAUUCAUCAGUGAGGUAGGAUCCUGCCCACUGGCAGGCUGGGUGGGUGGGCUCAGCCCGUGAGUGGGGCUCUCACUGGCCUCUCCUUCCCUCUGCCCCUUGCAGGCUGAUCAGAGCCGGCUGAGCUGUUUACUUGAAGAGGCCUUCAGCAAGUUCUUCUACUCACGGAACGGAGCGCUGGCGGCCGUCACCGUCUCCUCCUAAGGGCUGCCCCCAUGCCAGCAGUGCCCGGGCGCUGCCUCCGCAAAGGGCCCCCUCCCCCCGCCAGGCCGCUGCCGCCGCCGCCUGCACGGAACCAGCUUGGCUGUGCCUCCUGCAUGUGCCGCAGCCGCCAGGAGCCCCGCAGACAAUCGCUGCCACCAUGGGGACGGGGGGCAGGAGGGAGGGGGCAAGGCGGGGAAGGGGGGCUGUGUGCCUUGUCAGUAUUAUUUCCCCCCCGGGGCCAGUGGCCUCCCUCUCCCCCCGGCUCACGCAUGGAGUUUUGUUUUGCUUGAAUUGUACAGAGGUUUUUUUUUUGCACAGCACAGAGAUGUCUGUCUUGUUAUUUAAGGGGGUGGGAGGGAGGGGGGAAGAAGAGUGAGGGUGGCUCCUCCCCCUGCCCCUCCCCCUCUCUCACAUGCUUUCCAGCCCCACAGUCACCCCCUUCCCUGGCAGCCUCACCCUCCUCUGGGCAGCUCCUUUUCUCCCCCUUGCUUGGCUGCCCUUCUUGCCCUGGGUUGCGCAGCAGAGGCACCUCCUCCUGAGCCCUGGAGAAAGUGGGUGGGCAGGUGGGCACAGUGCCAUGAAUGUCGCAGGUGCAAGAGGCAGCCAGCAGCUGGCCAGACACCCCCCCAAGAGCUGGGUUCCCCUCCCUCCCCCCCUCCCCAACAGGGCUGGGGCCGGUUGCUCAGCGACGGGCACCCAUUCCCAUCUCCAGAGCUGAGGCUGCUCCAAGUGUUUGUUUCUGUUCCUAUUUUUAAUAAACUGUUUUGU